GCACGCUGACCUGGUCUGGCUGGAACACUCCUCAUCCCAGUGCAGUCGGGUCCCCAGGGGGCAGCCCACCCCAGCCCCUAGGAUGCCCAGCAGAACAGUCCGAUAUACCCGCUACAGCCCCCGGCAGCGGCGCCGGCGACUGCUGGCUGACCGAAGUGUGCGUUUCCCUAAUGAUGUCCUCUUCUUGGACCACAUCCGCCAGGGUGACCUGGAGCAGGUAGGGCGUUUUAUCCGGGCUCGGAAAGUCUCCCUGGACACCAUCCACCCCUCAGGUCUAGCUGCUCUGCAUGAAGCAGUGCUCUCUGGAAACCUGGAGUGUGUAAAGUUGCUGGUCAAAUAUGGGGCUGACAUUCACCAGCGUGACGAGACGGGGUGGACACCUCUGCACAUGGCCUGCAGUGAUGGGUACCCCGACAUCGCCAGGUACCUCAUCUCUCUGGGGGCAGACAGAGAUGCAGCCAAUGACGAUGGUGACCUGCCCUCCGACCUCAUUGACCCGGACUUCAAGGACCUGGUGGAGCUCUUCAAAGGAACCAGGAUGGACUGAGUUGGAGCUGCACUCCAGGGCUCCUGC